GUGGCUGGAGAUGGCAUCUCAGUGAUCCAGAGCAGUGUCCUCUGUUUCCUCUUUGCUGUCUCCAGUCGAGCAUCACCUUGACCAUGAAAACAAGUGCUGUUUUCCUGCUCCUCUUCCUAGCAAUUGGCUUCACCCAAGGCAAUACUGAGCCUGACGGAACUGCUGGCCAAGGAACAGAGGCAGCAUGUGGCAAUUACGACAUAGGGAAAGGUUGCACAAAGAACUUUGACCCCAUCUGUGGCACAGAUGAUGUCCUGUAUGGCAACGAGUGCUUGCUGUGCGUUCAGAACAUGCAAAGACACACUAAUGUGCGCAUAAAGAACAGGGGAAAGUGCCAAGAGCCCUCUCCACGCUCCAGAACUGCUUGAAAUUAAAGGCAAAGCUGUGAUAGAGAAGAUGGCACGAAGGUAUUCCUCACCUCUACAAACUCCAAAUAAACUGGAAGCAUGACAA